CUUCUAUGAUCUAUAUCUGUCACAGAAAAAUUCAAAAAAAAAACUUGAUCAUUCAGUAAAGUGAAGGGAAAUCAGGCUAAAGUUCAUUUCUCAGAAUAAGCAAAAGUGUGUCCAUGGCUCCCAUGGUAAUUGCCAAAUCUGGUGGCGAUCCAGAGUUCCCCGCCAAGCUUACAACGCAGGUCAUUGUUUGUAGUGUUAUUGCAGCCUUUGGUGGCCUUAUGUUUGGCUACGAUAUUGGCAUUUCAGGUGGAGUGACAUCAAUGGAUGAUUUCUUGAUAAGAUUCUUUCCUGCUGUUUACGCUAAGAAGCACCAAGUGAAAGAAAACAACUACUGCAAGUACAAUAACCAAAAUCUCCAGCUCUUCACGUCUUCACUCUACCUUGCAGCCAUUGUGGCUUCGUUUUUUGCCUCAAAGGCAUGCAAGAAGUUUGGUCGAAAACCGACAAUUCAAGCCGCUUCUAUAUUCUUUGUUGCUGGAGCCAUCUUAAACACUGCUGCUAAAGACAUAGGCAUGUUAAUUGCAGGAAGGUUGUGUCUUGGCGCUGGAGUUGGAUUUGGUAACCAGGCAGUUCCAUUGUUUAUAUCAGAAAUUGCACCGGCCAAACACCGGGGAGGCCUUAAUAUCUGCUUUCAGUUUCUGAUCACAGUGGGCAUUCUAUGUGCAAAUUUGAUUAAUUAUGGUACUUCACGCCUGCACCCAAAUGGUUGGAGGGUCUCACUAGGUGGUGCUGCUGUGCCUGCUCUGUUCCUUCUCAUUGGAUCCAUCAUCAUUGUGGAGACACCAACUAGCCUUGUUGAGCGAGGGAAGAAAGACAAAGGCUUGGAAACUCUCAAGAAAAUUAGGGGUGUGGACAAUGUUGACAAAGAAUUUGAAGAACUUUUGCAUGCCACCGAAUUGGCUAAACAAGCCAAGCACUCUUUCAGGAAUCUUAUGAAACGCUCUAGUAGGCCUCAACUUAUAUGUGGCACAAUUCUACAAGUCUUUCAGCAGUUCACUGGUAUCAAUGUGAUCAUGUUUUACGCCCCGGUACUCUUUCAAACUAUGGGGUUUGGGGGUGAUGCUUCACUACUAUCUGCUGUGGUUACUGGUUUGGUUAAUGUACUAUCAACAUUGGUUGCAAUUUUCACAGUUGAUAAAAUUGGAAGAAAGAAAUUGCUUGUUGAAGCUGCAAUUCAAAUGCUUAUAGCCCAGACCUUGGUGGGGGCAGUACUAGCAGUGCAUCUGAAAUCUACCAACGCUAUGCCAAGUAAUUAUGCAAUAUUUGUGGUGAUCUUGAUCUGCCUUUUCGUGUCUGGUUUUGCAUGGUCAUGGGGUCCCUUGGGCUGGUUAAUUCCUAGUGAAAUUUUCCCACUCGAGACUCGAAAUGCCGGAUUUUUCUUUGCUGUUAGCAUGAACAUGGUUUGCACCUUCCUUGUUGCUCAAGCAUUCCUCUCAAUGCUAUGCUCCAUGCGAUCUGGAAUCUUCUUCUUCUUUGUGGGUUGGAUUAUUAUAAUGGGCACAUUUGCUAUCUUCCUGCUGCCUGAAACAAAAGGAAUUCCAAUUGAUGAAAUGAAUGAAAGAGUUUGGAAAAAGCAUUGGUUCUGGAAGAGGUAUUUUGAUGAUGAAGAUAAGGGAGACGUGGAAAUCCAAGCUAAACCAGAGGAAAACUAGCUUCAUCAUGAUUUUUUUAUUGUUUUUGUAAUUUUCUUAAGCACUAUCUUAUUGUUUACUACUAGACUUGAAUGUCAUAUUUUUCAGUGUCCUUAUUAGGUAGGAAUAAGCAAAUAAUUUUAUUGGUGAGUGGCUAUUGAAAAGAGAA